GUUUCCACGCAGUGACAGUAAGUUGACUCACUGUACAAGACCUCUCCCCUUCACUUCACUCUACUGCAGGGUGGGAGAUGCAACAAUGUCCUUGAGAACAGCAGGAAGUGUGUUGGUGGUCUUUCUCUGGUCUGUGGCAGUGGCACUGGGGCAGAAUGGCUGGAGUGUUACAUACACCACUCAGAGUAUCUGUACCUUGAAGGGGUCAACAGUGGAGAUGUCCUGCUCUUACACAUAUCCCAGAGGUUAUAUCGUCACAACAACCUUGUGGUUCACUGAAAUGUAUGAUGUGGAUAAUUAUGUGAGUCUGAGUGAUGACCCAGACUACAAAGGACGUGUGACGUACCGUAAGGAUAAAGAGAAUGGUCACACCCUGACAAUCACAGACCUGAGAGAGAGUGACUCAGCUACGUACAUGUUCAGAUUUAUAACAAAUCAGGAAGGAGGGAAAUAUUUUGGGAGCCCUGGAGUCACUUUGUCUGUUACAGACGUGCAGGUGAAGGUGACCACUACAUUGUUGUCAACAACACUGACCUGUAGCACCACCUGUACUCUGACUGACAACCCCAACCCCACCUACAUCUGGUACAGGAACAGUAAGAUUGUACAAGAGGACUCCUCCCCCUCAUACACAGUCCAAUUUAAAACUGAAGACAGCUUCUACUGUGCUAUAAAAGGCAUUAAUUCUAAUGCAGUGUUGGUAAUGGGUCAGAAUGGCUGGAGUGUUACACACACCACUCAGAGUAUCUGUGUCUUGAAGGGGUCAACAGUGGAGCUGACCUGUUCUUAUACAUAUCCCAGUGGUACAGUCACAACAACCCUCUGGUUCACUAAAUGGGGGACUGGUAUAGAACCUAAAGAUCUAGGUCAGGACCCAGAGUAUGCAGGUCGUCUGGAGUAUCAUGGAGAUAAGAAGAAAGACUGUACCAUGACAAUCACAGACCUGAGAGAGAGAGACUCAGCUACGUAUUGGUUCAGACUAUUAACAGAUCAGGAAGGAGGGACAUAUACUGGCAAUCCUGGAGUCACUCUGUCUGUUACAGGUCUUCAGGUGAAGGUGACUGGUGGACAUCAGGAUAAGACACUGACCUGUAUCACCACCUGUACUCUGACUGACAACCCCACCUACAUCUGGUACAAGAAUGGACAACAUCUAGAUGAGAGCACCUCCCCCCAGUACAAAGACCCAGUCUCCAGUAACUAUGAAGACAGUUACUCCUGUGCUGUAAAAGGCCACGAGAAUCUCCACUCACCUGCAGUGUGUCAGAAGUGUUGGAGUGUGACUUACACCCAUCAGAGUAUCUGUGCCUUGAAGGGGACAACAGUGGACAUAUCCUGCUCUUACACAUAUCCCAGUUACCAUGAGAUCAAUAAAGCUCUCUGGUUUACUAAAUGGUCUGGUAUGGACACUGAAGAUCUGAGCUCAAUGCCAGGGUAUGAGGGUCAUAUAGAGUACCUUGGGGAUAAGGAGAGUGACUGUACCCUGAGAAUCACAGACCUGAGAUUGAGUGACUCUGCAGGGUACAGGUUCAGAUUCAUAACAUCUGGAGGAAAGUUUUCUGGCUCACCUGUCUCCCUGACUGUCUCAGAUCUUCAGGUAAAGAUGACAUCUUCACUGUUUUCAAGACAGGUGACACUGACCUGUAUCACCACCUGUACUCUGACUGACAACCCCACCUACAUCUGGUACAAGAACGGACACAAAGUAAAGGAGGACACUUCCAGCCUGGACUCAGACUCCUUUAGUGAUGCAGACAGCUACUACUGUGCUGUAAAAGGCCAUGAGAAUCUCCACUCUCCUGCAGUGUGUGUCCGUGGUCAGAAGUGUUGGAGUGUGACUUACCCCCAUCAGGGAGUCUGUGCCUUGAAGGGGUCAUCAGUGGAUAUAUCCUCCACAUAUGACAGUGGUGAUGCUACGAUCACAUCAUCACACUGGUUUAGUUCUAAACAGAGUUCCAGCUGGAAGGAUGAGUUGAUCCCUGAGGACCUAACCACAGACUCAGGGUAUGAAGGUCGUGUGGAGUAUGUUGGAGAGAAGGAGAGAGGUCACUCCACCCUGAGAAUCACACAUCUGAGAGAGGAGGACUCUGCUGAGUACAAGUUCAUAUUCAACACACAAACCUCAGGAUGGGGGUACAGCUUCCCUGGAACAACUCUGACUGUCACAGGUCUUCAGGUGCGGAUUAAGGAUCCAACCAACAUCAUAGAGGGAAAGGGGAUUUGUCUGUUCUGUGAGUCCAUAUGCUUUCUGCAGGACAACCACUCUUACAUCUGGUACAAGAACGGACAACGUCUGAUCAGGCAUGAGACCAAGUACCUGUACCUAAAGCCAGUCAGCAGUGAGGAUACAGGCAUAUACUCCUGUGCUGUAGAAAACUAUGAGUAUCUCCGCUCUCCUGAAGAGGCUCUCACUGUCAGAUAUGGCCCAAAAGUCACCUCAGUAUCAGUCAGUCCCUCUGGUGAAAUAGUGGAGGGCAGUUCAGUGACUCUGACCUGCAGCAGUGAUGCCAACCCACCUGUGGACAAAUACACCUGGUACAAGAAGAACGUAACCUCACCAAAAGCAUCAGGACAGAGUUACAACAUCACUAACAUCAGCUCUGAGGACAGAGGAGAAUAUUACUGUGAAGCUGAAAAUAAAUAUGGACGUCUCAACUCUUCUUCUGUGUUUGUGGACGUUCAGUAUACUACAGCAUUGUUUCUCUGGGUUCCUGUGAUGGGGGUGGGGGCUGUCCUGACUGUUGGAGCUCUUCUUGUCACCAUCUACUGCUAUAUGAAGAGGAGACACACAGGAGGAAGUGAUGACACAGCAGACAGACCGAGUGUCCAUCCUGACCCCAACAGUGACAUGUACACAUCUCUGAAUAUGAAGACCAGGUCACCAGAGUAUGACACCCUGGCAAAUGUGAGGGACUUCGCAGUGACACAGCCCUCAGAUACAUGCUGAGCCCUCCGAUUAUGAGAACUUAAGAGAACCACCACAGAACCUGGACAGAAGAGAACCACCACAGAACCUGGACAGAAGAGAACCACCACAGAACCUGGACUGAAGAGAACCACCACAGAACCUGGACUGAAGAGAACCACCACAGAACCUGGACUGAAGAGCAACAGCAUCAAACCAAAGCUAGGCCUCACAAUGUUAUUCUCUUACUAUGAUAUUGCUUUUUAAUCUAGAAGGUUUGAGACAAUGAGCUUUAACUUUUGAGUAAAUGCUGGAAUUGAGAUUGUUCUCCUAAUGAUAAAUACAGUAUGUGCACUACCGUUCAAAAGUUUAGGAUCACUUAAAAUGUCCUUGUUUUUGAAAGAAAAGCAAAAUAAAUUGUCCUUUAAAAUAGCAUCUAAUUGAUCAGAAAUGCAGUGGAGACAUUGUUAAUGUUGUAAAUUACUAUUGUAGCUGGAAAAUGCAGAUGUUUUAUGGAAUAUCUACAAAGGCGGACAGAGGCCCAUUAUCAGCAACCAUUACUCCUGUGUUCCAAUGGCACGUUGUGUUAUCCAAGUUUAUCAUUUUAAAAGGUAAAUGAAUCAUUAGAAAACCAUAUUGUAAUUAUGUUAGCACAGCUGAAAACUGUUGUGCUCGCUGAUUAAAGAAGCAAUGAAACUGGCCUUCUUUAGACUAGUUGAGUAUCUGGAGCAUCAGCAUUUGUGGGUUCAUUUACAGAUUCAACAUGUCAACUUAUCUGUUUACUAUCUGUAGAUUGUAUUGAUUAUCUUUUUUAUGGAGUUUUGCCAAUUCUAGAUUUUUAUAACAUAUAAAGUAUUGGCUUGUCUUCCUGGAGUUGUUCCUGAUGUGUUAAAAUAUGUUUUACUUUGUAUUGCUGUAAGUCAUUACUGGUCAUUUUAUAUUUUAUAUUAUGUAAUACCAUAUUGUUCAGUGUUAUGAUAUUGCUUGUUUCAUUAUCACAUAAUUAAUAAUGACGUAUUUUAGAUACAUUGAACACAGUAUAAGCAUCAUGUUGUAAAUAAGCUCAAAGGGAGACAAUAAAAAGACAACAAAUAAAUGGAUAAUUUUGUUAA